AGAACCACUUCCGGUCCGUCUAUUGCUUCCGGGUCGUUCUAUCUUGGUCCAGCUGCCUGGAACGCCACGAUGGGGAUCUUGGAGAAGAUCGCGGAGAUCGAGAAGGAGAUCGCCAGGACCCAGAAGAACAAAGCUACCGAGUACCACCUUGGCUUGCUGAAGGCAAAGCUUGCCAAGUACCGAGCCCAGCUUCUGGAACCUUCCAAAUCGGCGGCGGCCAAAGGCGAAGGCUUCGAUGUGAUGAAAUCGGGAGACGCCCGGGUGGCGCUUAUUGGGUUCCCUUCUGUGGGUAAGUCCACCUUUUUGAGUCUCAUGACUUCCACUGCCAGUGAGGCAGCUUCUUAUGAAUUCACCACAUUGACAUGUAUUCCUGGAGUCAUAGAGUACAAAGGAGCCAACAUCCAGCUUCUAGAUCUUCCUGGGAUCAUUGAAGGAGCAGCUCAAGGAAAAGGCCGAGGGCGCCAGGUGAUCGCUGUGGCCCGGACGUCGGACGUUGUCAUCAUGAUGCUGGAUGCCACCAAGGGAGAAGUGCAGAGAGCUCUCUUGGAAAAGGAACUGGAAUCGGUCGGCAUCCGGCUAAACAAAUACAAACCCAACAUCUAUUUCAAGCCAAAGAAGGGAGGGGGCAUCUCCUUCAAUUCCACAGUGACACUGACCCAGUGUUCAGAGAAAUUGGUGCAGCUCAUCCUUCAUGAAUACAAAAUCUUCAAUGCGGAGGUGCUCUUCCGAGAGGACUGCACACCUGAUGAGUUUAUAGAUGUGAUCGUAGGCAACCGCGUCUACAUGCCUUGCCUUUAUGUUUACAACAAAAUAGAUCAGAUCUCCAUGGAGGAGGUUGACCGCCUCGCUCGGAAACCCCAUAGUGUUGUUAUCAGUUGCGGUAUGAAAUUGAACUUGGAUUACCUGCUGGAGACACUGUGGGAGUACCUGGCCCUUACCUGUAUCUACACAAAGAAAAGGGGACAGAGACCAGAUUUCUCGGAUGCCAUCAUCCUACGAAAAGGGGCCUCUGUGGAACACGUGUGCCAUCGCAUUCAUCGGACCCUCGCCAGCCAGUUCAAGUAUGCUCUAGUAUGGGGCACAAGCACCAAAUACAGCCCCCAGCGAGUGGGACUCAACCACAUGAUGGAACACGAAGACGUCAUCCAAGUGGUCAAGAAGUAACUCCAUCAUGCUGCCGAAUGCUGACUGGUGGCCAGGCCCUUAGCGUGACUUUAACAGGACACUGCGGAAAAGCAAAACAUGAAAAAACAAAAUGAGGAGGGUCUGUCUUACCCAUCUCCCUCCUUCCUAAGUUUCCAUGAAACCGGCAUAGAAGAGUACGAGGAAAUGUGGCGGAUGCACUCAACGGAUGAAGGAGAGGAGACUGGUUUCUAGAGCAUGCACCAUUUCUGCCUUUUAGGAUUUUUGGCUGCGGUUGGGGGAACCCACCGGCGCUUCUUGGCAAACAGGUCUUAACUCCCCCCCCCCUCCUUAAAAAAUUGUUUUGGAUUCCUGAGCCAAUGAACACAGAAUAGUUCUUUUUGUCCAUAUGAGUGUCAGUCUGUGGCUGGAAACAAAUAUCUUGGGUUAGAAUCCUCCCUUCCUAAUGCGGUUUGCAAAAUCAACACAUGCGUAUAUCUCCAGAUGGACAGGAUGCCAUUAAAAGUGAUCCUUUGGAAAACAAGGUUUUGUCUGUGCCAUGUCUGCUUCCAUUUGCUUUCUGCUUAGGCCUUUUGUUGGGGGGAUGGAGGGGGUCAUCCAUUUUGGGAAGCCAGGCAGUUUCUCCUUCUCCCAUGUUUCCCAUUUUGCAAGGCAUAAAUCCUCAUAGCGCUGCCUCUGAAAGUUUCACUCUUUCCAGACCUGUCAAAAAAGGCCCAUCUUCUUGAACCCAAAUAAAGGAUGAUUUCAAAGGA